ACCAAGCCUUCUUAGCGAUAAACUGAAAGAAAGUUUAUAGAGGAACCUUUAUGGUAGAGACAGCUAUUUAAAAUACGGCUCAACACAAGAACUUUAUGUUAGGAUUUUUACGUUAGCUAGCUGACAUGAUGUAGCUAUACAAAAUAAUUGUGUAUAGCAUGCAAUGAAUCUCAUUAAUAAUAUUAAAUGAGGAAGUGGUUUAAUUCUGAGCUAAUUACCAGCUAGUUCUGGCACGACGGUGUGGGCCAAAGCUGCUGUGGGGCUGGGGCGUAGAGUCGAAUGUCUCCUCUCAAUGUCUCUCUGCUGGUUCUGGCAUUCUGUUUGCUGCUUCAGUGUGGAGAUGUCAAGCCCAAUCCAGGACCAACAAAUCCAGGUUAUGAAGCAAUGGUUGACUGUGGACAAGAAAUUGUCAGGUCCCUAUCUACAGAUCCAACAGGAUUUGCUGUCUCUUUUCUUAGUAAGCGAUUGAUAUCUCCUACUAUGCUCAGAGAGACAAAUGAGCUGAAUGAAACGAAAACUAAAAAAGCAAGCAGACUGUACACCGAAGUGUUAGAAAAAGUGGAGCAAUAUCCUGAAAAAUACAACGAAUUUGUUGAUACACUCAAAGAGAAGAAAGAAUGUGACACUGUUCUAAAACUUGGCCUCAAAUACACUCUUCACGUAGAGGAAGAUGCCAAACGUAGAGAAGUUAUUACCCAAGAAAGCGAAAAUGGUGGUGCUAUUGUUAGAAGUGAUUCUCUUGCAACAUCAGACUUUAGCUCUCCACCCACCAGCCCAAUGUCAAUGUCAUGGAGUUCUGCUUCUUCACCGUCUUCCUCGCUAACCGGGGGAAGUAUGAAGCCUGUUAAUGAAGGAGCAUUGAAUGCUCUUCGCAGUGCUAACUUAGUUGGUAUGAGGCACCAUUUCUCUGUGUUCAUCACAAAUGUUAAGAAGGGAUUAUCUACCAGUGAUGUUGAGGGCUUGAAAAGUACAUUGAACACUUAUUAUACAAAUAUGCUUGUGCUUGGAGAUAUUGAGAGUAUUAUUACUUACUUGGUAAACAAGAAUUAUUGGAACUAUUUGAAUUGUGAGCACCUUUUCUUGGUGAUUGAUACGUAUGGAAAUGAUGCCUUGAAAAAAGAGAAAAAAGAGUUUGAAAAGAGGAGAAUAUCAUAUUCUGUUGCUACUAAACUUCAAGAGUAUUUAUCAGGAAGAAGAGAUUUACUUUCUUACAAAAAAGAGGCUAGAGGUCGAUCAAGUAAUAAACACAGAAGAAGCAGCUCGGAGUAUCGUGGCCAGUUAUCUAUGAAAUUGGAGAUAGAUGUAAGUACAAGCUCAUUAAACGACAUUGAAAAGUUGUGGUCGAGAUUAGCAAAUGUUGGUUUACCCAAGAUUGGAGUAGUUCUGGACAGUAUCAUUGCUGGGUGUGUCCAUAUCAUUUGGACCAUACUUCUUCCAAGCAUUGCACUAGAUUUUCGAAAGAAGGCUACGCAGCCUGGAGCAGCCGAGUUUUUUAUGGUGAAUAAAAUUGUUCAAGUGAUCCUAAAUAAGGAAUGUAUUUAUCCUGCUGGACACUUAACUUCUUCUUCAAUUGCAAAUAAACUGUCAGCAUCGGAAUCUAUUGAAGAAGAGCCAGCUGAGCUGAGUGGAUCAGAGGAGGAGCCGGAUGAAACACAGGAUGAAGAAACUGUAACAGCUGAACAAUCUCUUGAGGAGGAGGAAUCUACAGUGAAUGAUGCAGCUGAGGAAGUGAAGAGUAAAGAGAAGGAUUCUAAAGACAUCAGUGAUGAGCCUGUGAAAAGUGAACCACCCACUAAAGAAAAGGGUCCUGGAAUUCUGUCUACAUGGGCUAGAAAAUUCAAAGAAAAACGCCUUUUUAAAAAAAGACAAUCUCGGAUAAGUUACUGGCAGAAUGUCGCAGUAAAAAAGCUGACAUUAAAGUGGUGAGAGGCUACCUGGAGCAAGAAGACUGUGACGUCAAUAUCAGGGAAAAUGAUGACUUCAAGUGGAGUCCAU